GCUAACGACACGUACAUUGAUGCUACUUAACGAAGCUAACUAUCUAGCUAUGUUAGCACAGUUUGGAGUUAGCGUCUGGAUUAAAAUGAAACAGGUGGAGCAGAGUGAACUAGAUCAUCCAGAACCUGGAUCCAGUUCUAGACCAACAGGAAGAGGAGGUGAUAGGGCGGCCAUCUUGGCUCUACAUCAUCUUCAUCAUCACCUUCAUCAUCAUCAUCUUCAUCAUCAUCAUCAUCACUCUGACCUUCAUCACCAUCAUCUUCAUCAUCUUCAUCACCUUCAUCAUCAUCCUCAUCUUCACCUUCAUCAUCAUCAUCAUCCUCAUCUUAUUAAUGUUCAAACUGAACAUGAUGUUGAUCCGCCUCCAGAAUAAAACUCCUCUCUUCCUUCUCUUCCUCCUCUUCCUGCUCUUCCUGCUCUUCCUCUCAUGCCCCUCGCCCCCACCCCACCCCAGUGGGCGGGGUCUCUUUUCUCCCUCGGAUGUGGACCAGAGGAGCGGUCACUGCUGCGGACUGAUCUCAGCGAUGGAGGAGGCGAGCGAGGACCGACUGCAGCUCAUGGCGGUGAGAUCACCUACAGUCAGUGAACACAACAUGAACGAGAAGAGGAAGUGGCAGACAGAGCUGGAGAACAAGAGGCGUCAGCUGGAGGACGACAGGAGAGCUCUGCAGCAUCUGAGGUCGAAGGCUCUGAGGGAGCGCUGGCUUCUGGACGGAGCGCCCUCUGCUGGACCUGAACAGGACGACGUCAAGAAACAGCUGGAGCAGGACGAGGCCAAGACCAGGAGUCUGGAGGAGGCCAUCAACAAGUUGGAGCAGGAACUGGUCAGUUUGGAGUCGAGAGCUUUGAUUCUGGAACCGACACCUUCUGCUCCAAUAAAACAUUCAACUGUGGCGUCAGGAUCAGUCACAGAGGUCAAAGUUCACAAAAGUCCUCGAAUGAACAAACCCAGAGAAGCGACACAGGAGAUGAAGAGAGUGGUCCAUGAGAUGAACGGUGAAGACGGCGUCCACCUGCUCAGCUCCACCGAGGUCGAGGAGCUCAUCCACAAAGCAGACGAAGCCUCCAUGAUGUCGCCUACUGUCCCCUCUCUCCCCACGGUGGAGGUCCAGGAGGAGCUCGGUCCAGACUCAGUUCCUGAGUCAGUUCCCCUGGUUGCAGCCGAGAUCACGGGGCUGGAGGCCAAACCAGGCGGCGAGCCCAGCGUGGACGAGGCCAGUGCUGAGAACCCGGUGACCAUGGUGUUCAUGGGAUACCAGAGUGUGGAGGACGAGGCUGAGACCAAGAAGGUGCUGGGGCUGCAGGGGACGGUGAAGGCCGAGCUGGUGCACAUCGACAACGGGAAGACGCCACCGGCAGAAGAGACGGAUCAAGAACCAACUCCUCCCGCCGCCAUCAGCAAGCUGCCGACCUCCAAACCUCGAGAGACGGCGGGGGAGGCCAGGGGAGGAGCGGCGCCCAUAAAGAAGGAGACGGCGGGGGAGGCCGGGGGAGGAGCGGCGCCCAUAAAGAAGGAGACGGCGGGGGAGGCCGGGGGAGGAGCGGCGCCCAUAAAGAAGGAGACGGCGGGGGAGGCCAGGGGAGGAGCGGCGCCCAUAAAGAAGGAGAAGCAGCCGUGUAAGUGCUGCAGCAUCAUGUGAUGAAUAUAAUAUGAAAAUAAAAAGGGCCGAGACUCUAAACUACAGGAACUUAACUCCUCCCACUGCCUGCAGCUCCGCCUCUAACAUCAUGACAUCACUUCCUGUUCUUCAUUCCCAUCAAUUUUAUAAACACUUUCUUUACUUUUUCUAUUUUCUUGAAGCCUUGUUACUUUUGUACUCCUCAUGUUUCCAGCUGCAGCAUUAGCAUUAGCAUUAGCGACGCAGUGCUGAUAUUUUUACUCCUCUUCUCCAUUUUGUCUUCAUUUCCUCUUUCAUGUCUAAACCCUGAGGUCCCUGCUGCCAGAACCUUCUGAUUGAUCAUCCAGAUGAGUCAACUGGUUCAGGUUCUUCCAGAUGUUGAGAGUCCAGGAAACACUGUGACGUUCCAUCAUCCAGCUUCAGACCGUUUUCUCUGUCCAGUGAAAUGUUGUCGUCCUCACAGAAAACCUCUAUCAACAUUGUCCUCCUCACUCUGGAUGCAGACCGACUAUAUUCACGUCUACAUUUACAGCUUGAGCUCCUUCAAACAGCUGAUGUGAUGUUGGACUCGUCCUUGUGUUCGUGUCUUUAAUCCAACGAGACCGAGGGAAGAAGACAAAUAUCCUGACUCCUGACGAUUUAUUCCUAAAAACGCUGAGAAAGGUUUAAUGUUUGAAAGCGUCUCCAGGCUCUUUAUUGGAUGAAAAACCCUCUGACGUCACAGAUGUUCGAGGAUCUUUGACUCCUAAUAAUAAUAAGAUCAGAUACAUUCACUGGACAAAUAGACGAACAUGAGGACGUGUUCACUGAAGCAUUAAAACAGUGGUAAUAAUAAUAAUACUAAUAAACAUCACAUCAUAUUUAUUCAUCAGUGACAGGACGUAGACAUGUGACAACAUGAGGAGGAGUUUUAUUUAUGUGAAUUCUGACUUUAGUUUGAGCUUCAUUCACUUUAUCACGACAUAAAUAAUCUGAACAGUAAAUGUUUGAGUCCAGGAGUUAAACGUCUGAUGUGUGAGUUUAAAGAUGAAACAUUAAACUCCUCCUCACAUAGAACGAGUCUGUUAAUAUUUAUUUUACAUUUCCACUCUAACCUCAGACGUCAUCGGGUCUGAAUGUCUGGUGGACGGUUCAGGUCUUUACCGCCUGGAGGUCACAUGACACCUGGACCUGGUUCUGGAGGAACCUGCUCUGACCCUGUUCUUCAGCUUUCAGUCUGUGUGUGGUCGAAGGUCCCUCCAGGAACGUGGUCCUGGUGCAUCAGUUCUGGAGAAGAACCUCUGAUGAAACGUGUGACUCUGUUAUUUCACUGCUGCUCUGUCAUUAAAGGCUUCAAACCCAGGUCCUCCUGGCUCCGUG